UGGGUUGUACCAGAUACAGAAUGGCGGACGGAAUGAACUGUUGAACUUUGUGAAGAACUUUGCAACGUUUGAUUUUAUUUCCACGCAGUUUGCAGACAGGUGUUUGUCUACUGCAACCAGAUUGGGAGCUCCUUUUAACUCGAGGCCCCACUCUAGAGACGAAAAACGGCCCAGCUGAUUGGAUACAGUGUGGACCAAUCAAAGUUAAACUGAUUAAGCGGUGGACCAAUCAGCAGAGGGUAAUUGUGUGACCAACAUCCCAUCAGCAUCUCUCUGAUCAUUUUGACCUCUCCCUGUGCGUGUGUGCUCUCUACCUCCCCAUCUUCGCUUCCACCAUGGCUUUUGUAGCAAAUAGCCUCAGAACUCUGUCUAAGCUUGGCACUCUGGCCGUCCACCAGCGGACGUUCCCCGUGGGUGGUGUGAGGGUGUUGGACUGUGUUCACAGAGGAAUGGCCAGCUUUAAGAAGGUUGACCUGUCCGGAGUGUUCCCACCGCUGCCCACGCCGUUUGAUCAGGACGAGAAGGUGAACCACGAACACCUCAGGAACAACGUCACGAAGUGGAAUGAGAUUGACUUUAGAGGCUAUGUUGUGCAAGGCUCAAACGGAGAGUACACCUACCUGAGUGAUGAGGAGCGUGUGGAGUUGGUGAGAACAGUGAAGCAGGCCGCAGCACCGGGCAAGCUGAUUAUUGCUGGAUCAGGAUGUGAAUCUACCCAGGCGACCAUUGCCAUGACCCAGAAGAUGGCGGAAGCAGGAGCAGAUGUUGCCAUGGUGAUCACACCUUUCUACUUCAAGGGCAGGAUGACGAGCCAGGCCUUCAAGAACCAUUAUGAGAAGGUUGCCUCAGCCAGUCCUAUCCCAGUCAUCCUGUACAGUGUACCAGCCAACACAGGAGUGGACCUGCCUGCAGAUGUGGUGGCUGCACUAUCACAACAUCCCAACAUCAUCGGCAUUAAGGACAGCGCAGGAGAUGUGAGUUCUUGGAAUACAUUAACUGUUGUAAAAGCUUCUGUUUUUUGUCCUGUUGUAGAAAUUGAAUUGUAUUUGAAUACCCACACUGUUGUGUUGGUUGCAGGUGCAGUAGGCUGUGUUGCAGCUCUAGCAAACACGCUGGGUAACGAGGUUUGCCAGCUACACAAGCUUUGUAAGGAAGGGAAGAUGGACGAUGCCAUGAAACUUCAACACAGGCUGAUAGCACCAAACUCUGCAGUGACCCGUAAGUUUGGCGUACCAGGACUGAAGGUUGCCAUGGAGUGGUUCGGUUACUACGGCGGUCCGACACGUUCACCCCUCCUCCCUCUCACUCCUGAAGAAGAAGAGAGCAUGAGGGCUGACUUCCAGAAAAACGGAUUCCUCUAAGAAGCAAAAUCAGACAAAUCUGUAACAAAGUUGAACCGUUUCUUUCAACACAAAAAUUGGACUAACCAAAUUUGAAAA